ACAGUCCAUUUGGAGGGAGGAUCUCAAUGCAUUUUUUAGCAUAAAUACACACUAGGCUAGCUGUGCCCACAGACAGAGGGGGUACCCAACCCUCCCAGGUUCUCUGCCCUUGCUGAGAAGCCUGGGUUCUGAUCCCCAUGCCUCAGUGGGACACAGAGCUGCCCAGGAGCACACGAAGCUCAGUCCUGCCCCUGCCUUCCAGGUAAACACAAAUGCUGCUCGCGUUGGUGGCUUACAGCCCAGCAGCACAUUUAGUUGAGUGCUGUUCCUGGGGUUGGUGGGCAGGUGAGGGUGCAAAGUCACCCUUGAUGAAGAACCACUGGUGUAGACUAGUGGUUCCCAACAUGUGCUAUACCAGAAAUCCCUUUUAUGGUUCUCCUUCCCUGUGAGGGAGUUUAUCAGCCGAACAAACUUCAUUGGUAAGUAUUUAUUCCUCUACUUUCUUAUCUAAAAAUAUCUGCCAGUGGGAGCUCCUGAUCUGGGUCACCAGGCUGAGGUGAUAUAAUUCUGGCCAGUAUCGAACAAAGAAGCUUGAUAUUUUAGGUGACAACUGUGGUCUUAUUGGAAAGGAAGGUGAAAUUUCUGGUAGACUUCUUGACCCUUCGAAAAAUAGACUGAGGACCCCCAUGGAGGAGUCCUGAGAUUGGAAUCACUGGUAAAAACUUUUAUUUUGCUGUUUGGAAUUAAGAAUUUGGAUCAAAUGUUGAUGGAAGGUUUCUUUGAGCUCCACAUUUCCCCGGGAGCCUCCAUCCUGUCUUGUCCCCUUUUAGCAUGAGCAGUGUCAUUAUUCAGCAUGUAUUUAUUCAGUGAUCCCCACAUGCCUGGCACUUCCCUGGGUGUGAGGUUGCCGCGGUGAACAGCAGAUGCAGCCAUGGUGCUAAUGGGGUCUGUAGCCAAGUGAGGGAGGCUAAGAAAGAAAGAAUGUCAUUUCCAGCAGUGAUAAGUCCUAAGAGGGAGAUGCGGCAUGUGAAUGGGCUUGAGGGUGCUGGUCUCUGGAGUAACAAGCCUCUGUAAAUAAUCAAGUCACCCAUUUCCCAGCCCUGCCCUGAAGCACAGUCUUCACUUGGCCUGUUUAGGAUCAUUUCACAGAUUCAUUGACAGGGCUCAGUUCCUGCUAGUUGACUCCUUGGGGACGGAAUCCUCUAUUGCUUGCAAAAAUAUGCUCUGCAGUAGGCUGUCUUGCUAAUUGAGAGGGAUUCUGAGAAGUGGAGCAGCCUGCCUCACUAGCUUCAGUAAGAGGAGGCCUUAUAGGUACGUUGAACCUGGCCUGGUGGACAAAGCACCCUGCUGAGAGCUGGGCAGGUCUUCGGAAGGAGAUUUAAUGUUCUUCAUUAGGAAAGAUGGUAAUUCCUCUCUCCCUCUCCAGAUGUCUGCAACCAAGUCAUCAGAACACAGAAGGGACCUUGCAGCCAUUGUGUCUUUGUGCUCGGGUACUGUCUGAGGGAGGGAAGGGAGGCAGAAGGAAGGGGAGGGACGGAUCAGCUCCAUUUGCUGAGCCAACCUACUCAGCGCCAGGUGCCCCUCCUCUUGGCCACUGGAAGGCUUUCUUUCUUCUGGCCACAAUCAAACACCGUUUCUUCUUUCUGCCUUUGUUCCCUGUGAGUCAAUCACUGUUGCUGUGCGAAAUAGUAGCCGCUUGGCAGGGGAGUUCAUGAAGGUUGCAGAGCACCUGCUCAGGUUCUUGCCUCGCCUCCUUUCCCCCUUCCUCCCUCCCUCCUCCCACCUUUCCUUACCUGGCAGCCACCUAAUUCUUCUCUUUUAAAAUACAGUUCAGACAACAAUCCACACCAGCUGCCUUGGGGAAUCGUCCAAAGAGACAAAUUCUACCCUGUGCCCACCUCUCCUGUAGUUAACACCUUUCAGUGUUCCCUCCCCUCCUGUUGUCCUUAAGUUAAUGCCCUAAAGUCAUGGCCCUUGCUCAGCCUCUAAGGCCCUGGUGGGUGUUGCUUCCCCUUGUAGCUGGAUGGGUUUCAGGAAAUGCCCUAUCUGGUCAUGAGAGAUAGGCAGCCAUACCUCAGGGGAGAUGGUGGCGGGGGAGACAGUCUAGCCACAAAAGGCAAAAAAGAUAGGGAUGAGAUGGCUCAGAGGGAGUCUUGGUAAGGACUUUGGCUCUUUCUCUGUUGAGAUGGGACCGUUGGAAACUUUUUAGCAGGUUCUGAUUUGCAUUUUAAUGAGAUCUUUCUGGCUGCUGUGUUGAAAGUGGACCGGAAGUGGCAAAGGUGGAAAGACAGACCAAUCAGGAGGCUAUUGUGGUAAUCCAGGGUAUUGCAGUAAUCCUGGCCUGGUGGAAGCAGAGGAGAUUGUGAGACAUGAUCAGAUUCAGAGUAUAUCUCAAAGGUAGGAUUUGCUGGUGGAUUGGCUAUGGGGUGCCAUAAGAAAUAUGAUCCUGAUUGUUGCUUACCCUGUGCAACUACAGAAUGAAGUUUCCAUUUAUUGAUAUGAGCGAAUCCUCAGGGUGAGCAGGAGUGCCUGCUUGUUUUUUUGUGGAUAGAAGUAGAAUUAUUAUGUUAGAGAUGUUGGUCAGACAUCCAAGUGGAGACAGUAAGGAGGUAGCUGCAUGUAUAGAGCCAGAGUGUCCACUUGGCCAGGCCAUGGUACUCAGACAUGUGAUCAAAUACCAGUUGAGAUGUCACAUGGAGUAUGUUUUGAAUGAGGUUAACAUUUAAAUCAGUAGACUUUGAGGAAAGGACAUUACCCUCCACAGUGUGAAUGGGCCUCAUCCAAUAGUUGAAGGCUUUAAGAGUAAAAAGACUGAGGAAAUGGGAAGUGGGAAUUCUGACUACACAUUGCCUUUGGACUCAAGCUGCAGUAUCAGCUCUUCCUAGGGGCUCCAGCUUGCUGGCCUGCCCUGCAGAGUUUGGACUUGCCAGCCCCCAUAAUCACAUGAGCCAAUUCCUUAAAAUCUCUCCCUUUCUGUCUCUCUCUUCAACAUACACACAUCCUACUGAUUCUGUUUUUCUGGAAAAUCCUAACACAUGGAACAAAGGGAUAAAUUUGCAUAUCCAAAAUUUAUGCAAAAAUGGAUAUUCUGAUUUGUAUUUGGGACUUAAGUUAUUUAAGCCUUAAAUAUGAGCGUGAUCAUCAAGAGACAAUUGUGGGCAGGGAGGAGCCAGUCCACAGGGCUGCACAGCACAGAUUAAGAGAUUCAGAAAUUAUGUGUGUAUGUUUGUGUGUGUUAUAUGUGUUUGGGUGUGAGUGCUUGUGUGUUUUUAUGUGUUUUUGUGCUUUUGUGUGUGUGCUUGUGUAUGAGUGCUUGUGCUUGUGUGUUUGUGUAUGUACAUUCAUGCUUGUGUAUUUGUAUGUGUAUUGUUUAUGUGCAUGUGUUUGUGUGUAUUUUGUGCUUGUGUGUAUAUGUUUGUGCAUGUGUGUAUAUGUUUGUGCUUGUGUGUAUGUUUGUGCAUGUGUGUGCAUAUGUGUGUGUGUUUGUGUACAUACACAUAUAUGUGUGUGUAUGUUUGUGCUUGUGUGUAUAUGUUUGUGUAUAUGUUUGUGCUUGUGUGUAUAUGUUUGUGCCUGUGUGUGCAUGUGUGUGUAUGUUUGUGUACAUACACAUAUAUGUGUAUAUGUUUGUGCUUGUGUGUAUAUGUUUGUGCAUGUGUGUGCAUAUAUGUGUGUGCUUGUAUAUGUGUGUGUUUGCUUGGGUGUGUUCGUGUGCAUAUGUUUGUGUGUGCUUGUGUGUGUUUAUGCUUUUGUGUUUGUGUGUGCUUUGUGCUUGUGUGUGUUGCUUGUGUGCAUGUGUGUUUGUGUGUUUUGUGCUUGUGUGUGUGCAUAUGUUUGUGUGUGCUUGUGUGUGAUCGUGUGUAUAUGGUUGUGCAUUGUGUGCAUGUGUGUUUCUGCUUGUAUGUGUGUUUCUGCUUGUGUUUGUGUGUUUUGUGCUUGUGCUCAUGUGUGUUUGCAUGUGUUUUUGUGUAUGUGCAUGUGUGUUUGUGUGUUGUUUGUGUGCGUUUGUGCAUGUGUGUGCAUCUGUGUGUUUAUGCUUGUAUGUUUGUGUUGUGCUCAUGUGUUGUGUUUGUGUGCAUAUGUGUGUGUGUUGUUUGUAUGCAUGUGUGUGUGCCUGUGUGUGUUUGCAUGUGUGUGUGUUUGGUGCGUUUGGCAUGUAUGUGUGUUGGGUGUGUGUGUCUGGUGCGUAUGUGUUUGGUGUGUGUGUGUGUGUGUAUGCAUGUGUGUUGUGUGCGUGUGUGUGGUGAAUGUGUAUGUGUAUUUUUGUGUGUUCGUGUGUGUGUGUUUGUGUGUGUAUUUUGUGUGUGUGUACGUGUGUUUGGUGUGUGUGUUUGUGCGCAUGAGUUGUGUGUGUGUGGUGAAUGUGUUUGUAUUUUGUGUGUGUUGUUUGUGUGUGUGUUUGUGUGUGUGUUGUUCAUGUUUGCGUGUGUUUAGUGUGUGUGUUUGUAUUGGUUGCUGAGCACUUGCUAUGUGUCAAGCAUCCCCUAUUACUAGAUGCAGCCUCUUCUUAAAACAGUUUGUAUGUCAUCAUGGAGAGCCAUCUAUCUCCUUACUUUUUCUGGAAGUUUGGGAAGGGAUUCUCUUGGGGCCACCUACGUAUUUGACUGAUGCUUUGCAGUUCCCGUAUCACAGUCCCUCCAGUGUUCUGGGCAGCAGACUGGCAUCCAGCCGUUCCUUCUCCUGUGUCAGAAAUUGAUUAUUCUGGCAUCUUCCUUCCAUGCCAUUUUCAGUUCCCCUAACCUCCAGUCUCUUGAAGCCAUUUAGCCUCUCUCGGUACUGAGUAAUCCCAUUUAUUAAAGCAUGUGAAGCUUCCUUAAUGGCAAGUGUUGGUACAAAUAGUUUUGCAGCCCCAAGGGACAGGGUCAUUUGAACUCGGUGACUGGAAAAACGGUUGGUGUGAAUAAUGUGAAGUGCAGGACCAUGGUGAUGAAUUUCCUUCACCCUCUUUGUUCCUUGUUUUCAUUGUAAGGCAGAAUGUUUAACCCAUAUUUUCCAAGAACUGUGUAGGUAGGUUGCUGGGGACAAUUGAUUUUUAGAGAAGUAUUAUUUCUCUGGAUGUGGAAACCAAGAAGCAAAGAAUAAUAUUGAGCAAGAGUCCUCCUGAUGACCAGGCCUGGGCUAAUUAUGGCGAUAGUGUUGCAAUGUGUUUGGACCAUCAUACAGUAUAAGAACACCACUUCCCCACAAGAUGUCCUGGACACAGGGUACUCCUCAGGGCCUUGCUCUAGCCCCAUGUCACCCAAUGUCAAGUGGAUCAUCUACUUUCUAAGACUGUAAUUGGUCCCGAAGAAGAAGGAGUGGAGCCUGGCAGGAGGAAGGACACAGGUCUUUGUGUGAGGAAUACUGAUUGGAAAUGGUAGUUCUGGUACUGCCCUGGCUUGCCGUGUGAGCCUUCUCACCUGUCUGAGCAGUGGGAUCACCAUCUAUGAGGAGAAUGGACUAGGUGGUUUAUUUUAUUUUAAGAGAAGAUCUUGCCCUGUCGCCCAGGCUGGAGUGCAGUGGCGCAAUCUUGGCUCACUGCAACCUCUGCCUCCCGGGUUCAGGCAAUUCUCAUGCCUUAGCCUCCCACGUAGCUGGGAUUACAGGAUUGCACCACCACACCUGGCUAAUUUUUGUAUUUUUAGUAGAGACAGGGUUUCACCAUGUUGGCCAGGCUGGUCUCGAACUCCUGGCCUCAGGUGAUCUGCCUGCCUCAGCCUCCCAAAGUGCUGGGAUCACAGGCAUGAGCCACUGUGUUCAGCCUUGGACUAAGUGCUUUCUAAGGAGUGGGGAUGGGUCAAUGGGAGGGUGCCUUCCCUAAAUAAAGGGGCCAGCCCUCCAUUAGCAUCCACUUAAUGUUGUAUUGUGGGAGGGUGCGUUCAGUGCUGCCAAAGUAAUUUUUGGACUUUGAAUAUAAUGAAAAUUUCUGAAUUUUGGAUGUAGGCAAUAACUUCAAAAAUAUUUGAAAUACCCUGUGGGUUAGAUCUGUAGCUAGAUAAAGCCCCUAGGACUUCACGUUGCAACUCAGCAUUCAUGAAUUGCUCUCCAUGGCUUCUCACAGGCUGGGGGUCAGGAGGUGAGGGAAGCUCUUUUGAUUUGUUUUGUUUUGAAAUCAGUGUAAGUAUCUUCAAGGAACUAAGAGAACAAAAUCAGACUGGAAGCUGGGUCACAAGAUGCUGUUGCCUGGAGACUUAGACAGAGGGCAUGGCAUUCACUCCCUCAUAGAGGGAGACGGCCUACAGCAGGAGCCUCAGCAGCCCAGCCCCUUGGGAUUGAUCCCUGUGUCCUCCACCUGCUGUUUCUGGCUCUGUGGACUCCAUGGCAUUCAGAGCUGGGGGAAAUCAAGUAUUUCAACAUCUUAAUUUUUUCAGUCGAUAAUUAUAUUUUGGAGAUCUUUGUGUGUCCAUAUGUGUGUGUACACAUACAUUACUCUUUUUUAACUGCUGUAUAGUAUUACUUAUUUUCCCAAACUAUUUCCUACACACACACACACACACACACACACACACACACACACACGGAGGCCAAACAUCUUGUCUUUUUUUUUUUUUAAAGACAAGGUCUUGCUCUGUCAUCCAGGCUGGAGUGCAGUGGUGCAAUCACAGCAGCCUUGACCUCCUGGGCUCGAGUGGUCCUCCUGCCUCAGCCUCCCAAGUAGCUGGGACUACAGACAUGCACCGUCACACCCGGUUAAUUUUUUGAUUUUUUUUUUUUUUUGUAGAGAAAAAAAAAUGUUUUUUCACUAUGUUGCUCAGGCUGGUGUCAACCUCCUGGGCUCAAGCGAUCCUGCUGCCCAGGCUCCCAAAGUGUUGAAACUACAGGUAUGAGUCACCGCAUCUAGCCCCAAACAUCUUAUUGGACAAGCCUUUCUGGGCCACUCUAUGCAGACAGCACCCACCUCGCACCUUCAUCUUCCUUUUUUCUUUUUUCUGUCUUAAUUGAUCACAAUAGCACUUAUCAUCAUCUGACCCACCAUAUAGUUACUUGUUUAUUUGUUUGUUGACAGUCUGACACCCCCAACCCCUCAUGAUCCCCAGGAAUGCAGAUACUUCUGUAAAUUUUAUUAAGUGCUUUAUUCCCUGGAAAAUGGUAAGUGCCUACUAAAUAUUUGUUAAAUGCAUAACUCUCUAUUUUGGAGAUGACCUCCAUGCCCAGCCUCAGGCACAGAGAGGUAAAGUAACCUACUCAAAAUCACCCAGCUACUGACAGGCAAAUCUGGGCCCAGAGCCCAUGCUCUAAUCUAAAUCAUUACUACCUCCCUGCUGGUAACAAACAAAACCUCAGCACAGUGCCUGCAACACAGUAAGGACUCAGUAAAUGUUAAAUAAAGGUAAUAAUGCUUAUAACAACCAUCUUUGCCCCCAGAAAGGUCCUUACCGUGAGGAGAUAGCAAGGAUUUGAGAUGUUCAAUAUAAAAUACCAAGUAUGGUGCCUGUGCAUAGUUGGCCAUCAAUGAGUGGUGGCUAUUUACUAUUAUGCUUGUUAUUUUAUUAUACUUUAGCACUUUGUGUUGUACUUAAAUACCACUCAUUUGACCUACUUAUCUUUGUCCCUCCUGAGGGUGCAGAGUGAGGCUUAUUCAUUCCAGCAUUCCUACAAUCUUGUACAUCCAUACAAUUCUUGAUACGUAGUUGACAUACACUACUGUAAGGUACAUGAAUGAGUAAGCAGAUAAAGGAAUGAACAAAUGGGCCAGUGGUUUGUUGGGGCCACUCUGGCCAGUGGUUUGGGGACAUACUUCCUGGAGUCUUAUCCCCUCUUGUCAGAUUCAGGUUUAGGACAACGGUACAGUUGUUCCAUUGUUCCCAGAUAACAUAUCCUAUCUUAACGUCUUUGCUGGGGCAGCCCUUGGACACACCCUGAGCUCCUGCCCUAUCACUGGCCCCACUUGUACCCCUUGUGGGCAGGCACCACUGCAGCCUGCUCUGAAGGGAGCUUUCAUGUGGCCGACCAACUCUACUCCUUGACUCCUCCCUUCUCUCAUUGAAAAAAAAGUGUUUAAAGGGACAUGUCUCUCUCCUAAACUUUUUAUGUUCCAUUGAAUACCUAGAACACAUGUUAAAUGAAAAUGCUUUGCAACAGCUGACCUAUGUCUUCUGGCUUGUACCCCACAAACACCUUAUCUAAUGAGUAAGUCAGUUCUUACCUUUAUUUCACUACUGAAGAAACUGGUGCAUAAGUGUUAUAUGCUUUUUAAGUUACGUAGGAUUAAUGGAAGAGCCUAGGGCCAGAACCAGCUGUCUGCACGCAACCCAAUGCUUUUUCCACAAGAGUUACCCACAUGGCUGUAUUUGUUGGUAUUUUCUACCCUUACCUGCUUCCAGAAGACUUUGGAAGGGUGUGUUACAAAUGUAAUGAUCCACGGUAACUUUCAGGUCUGUUAGCUCCGUGUGACAGCUGAGCUGCCCUGUAAGGUGUAAUGAGGAGAGGCUUCAUAAUGAGCUGAUAAUGAGUUCUGCAGAUGACACUGCUCAAGGGUGGGGUUGCUUUCCCCUCUGCUAUGUUUUCCUUUUCUGUUGGAUUUGACUCUUAGAUCAGUUGUUCUAAGACUGGGUUGAAGGUUGGAAUUGCCUAGGGGAUUUUUUAAAUCCUGCUGCUAGUACCCCAGCUGCAAAGAUUUUGAUUUUGUCUGAAAUGGGACCUGGGCAUUUGGAUUUAUAACAUCUCCCCAGGUGAUUCUAUUAUGCAGUGGAGUUUGAGGACCACAGUCUUAGAGCAUCCCUGUUAUAGGGAUUCUGGGGACUAACAAGAAGCUACAGACCCCAAACUAUUUCAGAUGUAGUUCCAGCCCUCCUAAGCAAGUGUUGGCCCAAACCUGCUCACUGUUGCUCAGAUUCACAGCUGCUCACUUUUCAGAAGAAAUGACAAUGCUGAAAGAGGAAACCAAGGGGACAAGAGAGAUGGCAGCCAUCCCAACAGCUGUCUUGUGUUGUGCCCCUACUGUGUGCCAGACACUGUCCUAAGCACUUUACUUACAUUAACUCAUCCAGCUCACAAACAACAAAAUGGCCCUAAGAGGCCUCUGCUGAUAUCAUCCCCAUUUUCCAGAUGAGAAAACUGUCCAUGGGGUCGAUCAGUAACUUGUUCAACCUGGGAAUGGCAGAGCUGGGAUCUGAAGACUGGGAGCCAGGCUCCGUAGGCUUCUGUUUAAGUCACUGCAUUUGUUGCCUUGUAGGAUGUUCUUAGAACUGUAGGAUACUGGUUUCUACAUGGCCAAGAAUCUUCUCUCACUAGUUCGUGCUCCAUGGUGAUGCAGAAGCAUAGUUCUAAUCUGUCAUUCUGUUGCUCAGGAGCCUACACGGCCCCCCAUUGCAUCUGGAGGGAGAAGCCAAGCUCUUUAGCAUAGCACCUGAGGAAUAGCCUUUACAGCCUGGCCACUGGCUGAACAUUCUUUCACUCUCCAUGCCACACUGCUCUGUUAGUACCAUCUGAAAGUCCUCUCCCUUUUCUCUGUCUUCUAAAUGCUCACUCUCCAGUAUCUAACUCAAAUGUCCUCUUCUCUAACUUGUCCAGGAAGAGUGAGUAAGGCCCUUUUCUUUAUUCCCCAGGCUCUUAGUUUCUCCAUCUCUGAUCACAUAGAUUACAGCCCUUUCUUUGGUUUUCUCCAGGGGACCAAGGAGUGGGGCUCUGCCUUUCUCAUGUCCCUUCACGGCCCCCCAUGGUGUCUUCAGUGGAUGGCCAACCUCUCAUGAAGAGGAUGUCCUCUUGUCUGAGGUUCUACUUUGUUCCAGCCAUGGGGUCAUACUCUCUUUAUCUUUUGACUAUCCAAAGGUUUUCUGUUUGGGACUGAUGCCUUCCUCCAAGGUACUUUGGGCUCCAAAGUGUGCAGUUGACAUUUGCUGUGCUUUCUGAGGCCAGGCUUUGGUUUUUGAUGAAUCCUGAGCUUCAGUGGAGAUUUGCUAGCCUUGGGCUUUCUGUGUUCUUGAAUCCCUCAGAGUCCAGAAGAAAAGGAAAGCCGACACUUUCUAGGAAUGACCUGUGAGAAGAGAGGUUGGUGUCUUGCUGCUAAGUUCAGCUUGGUUCUGAACUAAGUCACCAUGGGCAGAGGAGGCAGGGAUAAGAGGAGUGGUUUCUUGGCCACCAGAAGGGAAAUGUUUUUGUUUUUCUGGUGCGCUUUUGUGGAAAUGGUGGCAGUUGCUCACUAAAGAGAACUAAAACUCUUUUACUAGAGCCCCACCAGGGUCUGAAGAGGAUGGGUGCAUGGGAGCCGUUAUCUUGUAAAGGACAUUGUUGAGAGCUUGCUACUGCUGCAGUGAAGAGCACAGGAAAAGCCAAGCUUAAAAAACACUGGGUGAAUCCUAAGAAUUUUUCAUGCAGAAACACAUGCAUGAUGAGAAUAGAAUCUUCAUUACAACAUUGUUUGACAUAGAAAAAUGAGACUCAGCUUAAAUGCUCAUUAGUUAGUGAUUGGUUGAUUAAAUUGUGAUAAAAUGGAAGACUAAUACAGCUGUUUAAAAAAUUAGUAAAAAAAAAUCAGUGUGUGAGAUGAUGCACCUGUUAAUUAACUCAACUUAGCCAUUCCGCAAUGUAUACAUAAUUCAAAACUUCACAUCAUAUAUUAUAAAUAUAUACAAUUUUUAUUUGUGAAUUAAAAAUUAAUCUAAAAAAAUUAGUGGCUAUAUGAAGUAAUUGGGAACAAUCUUGAAGCUAUAUUAACUACCAAAGAGCAAAGUCAACCUUAACAGUGCUGACUUUUUAAAGAAUAGUACCUAGAGCAGUGUGUGGAGUAUGCUAACAGCUACACACUAAUGCACAGCCACCAACCCCAGAUCAGUUACAUGAACUUCUGCAUUCACAAACACACUUAACACGCUCUGUGGCUAUUGCCUCUUUACUGACCUGUAAGUCAGUUCUAGAAGACAGACGCUCCAUGAAGGCAGGUCCUAGCCUGCCCAUUUGCAUUUGUAUCUCCAAGGCCAAGCUAGAGAAGGCACACAAUAGGCUUUCCACUAAUAUUUGUGAAUGAAUGAAUGAACAGAGAGAGGAGUUUUCUUUCCACAGUUUCCUUCUACCUGCUAGUCCUUGAGCAUAUGAGGCUGGAAUCUAAGCCCUGAGGUCACUCACUGCUCUCCUGGGUACUGUCCCUGGCCUCCCGUCCUUUUCCUUGAGCUUCUAUGCUCUGCAAGACUUUCUCAUUAUCCUCUAGGCUACAGAGAAACAAGGAGACAGGGAAGAGCCUUGAAAUGGACCUUCAAGAUUACAAUGUGCAGCUGACAUUGUCAGUUAAGUCGGGUAGAUCUGACUUCGCUGAUUAAGUUAAUGUAUGAGCCGAUCUUCCCCAGAAGCUGGGAUCAGCCUCCCCAUCUGAUGGUGGGCUGGUGAGUCAGACCUGCUGGGGUUUGGGUCCUCACUCCAGCAUGGCUGCCUCUGUGACCUUGGCCACUUUACUUAACCUUGCUGAAUCUCAAUUUCCUGAUCUGUAAAAGGAAGCUAAAAAUGCUUCUCUUGAGGUUGUAGUGAGGAUUAAAUGUGAUAACAUAAGUGAAAGUGCCCUUUGAAGAAAGAGGAAGGCGAAAAUGUAUUGUGUCAGGAGAAAUGUGUGGAGAGCCCCCUGUUGUUCUCAGGUGUCUCAUCCUUCCCAGGGAAAAAUCCCCAUGCCAAGUCAGAAGAGGUUAUAAUUUGGCUCUGACUCUUUUAUUCAGGCACUUCUCUCGGCUGCCCAGGGUUUUCAGCUUAAGCAAAUAAAUUACCCUUCUCCACUGGGCUCUGUGUUCUGCAGCCAGCCAUAUGUUUAAGCUUGAUAGAGAUUUUUAUCUGGCUUGGUAAUAUUACCCAGCAAGGGAUGACAUUUCUUAUCAGAGGCCCUGAGGAAUCAGAGAUAGGAGCCCCUUCUUUUUCCUGGCCGCCAGGCCUCCAUGUGCAGGGCUGGAAGGGAAGCUGGGAGGGGCUGGCUGGGCCUGGUAGUGGGCAUCAGCUGGCCCUCAUUUCUUAAGACAGCACUCCUGUUAGCUGACCUACACAGAAGCAGGUCAUUUCGAGAUGUUUGCAUCUUGGAGCCACUGAUAGAAGCAGGGCAAGGGAGAGUGCAUGAGGAAGGAAGGCGGGAGUGUGAUGAUGCAUGCCCAGCUUUGGGCGGAGGCAGAGCACUUGCGUGUGUGGGGCCCUGCCCUUCUCUUGAGAGGCAGGCGGGCCCUUGCUGCAGAGUCAAGGCCUGGGGAUUCUGUGGCUCUGUAGGGUGAAGGGCACUGGAGACCUACCAGGGGCCGGGCCAUUGGAGUGGUGGGUGCUGGGGAACUUUCAUGGGCCCCUCCAGGUCCACUUCUUGCUCUUCUCUGCCUUGUUUUGUGCCCAGAAGGCUGACCUGCGUGGAUGCAUUAUCAGGGUGGAUGCAACACGGGGCUGCUGUGCUCUCUGGCAUCUGUUUGGGAGGCACUGGCAGGAUGGGAAGGCAGGUGGGGAGUGAGGUCGGGGGGCCUAUUCUUCCACUGCCUCCCUGCUGCUCCCUGACUGAUUCAGUUCUAUAAGUUGGCUGAGCUCUGCUGGUGGUUCUUCUGUUCCACAUGGGAGCAUUUGGAAUCGGUGUGUGGCUGCAUUAAAUUAGGAGUCUGGUGCUUCCCCUGGGGUGACUGGAGUGACUGGUGGCCUCUGUCUUGCCAUGAGGUCUCUCAUCAUGAGCAGUCUAGCUCAACCUUCUUUAUGGUUUGGGUAACUCCACAGAAGACUGUCUUUACCUGCGUUUGGUUGCCCUGGUGCUCUGCAGUGACCGGCAGGGCUGAGACGAUUGUACAACCUGCACUCCGGGCCAAGUCCGGUACUCGUCCCGGCUGUCGGCUAAGCCUGCACUGCUAUGGCAAAACUUUGUGGCUUCUGCUCUGAAUGUCAGGGUGACCCUGUCUGAGGAUGAUCGUGGAUUUCAUUUUCCCUUGUUUGUUAGUGUUGCGGUCAGUCACAAGUUGAAAACAACCAGCUUGAGAAGGACAGAAUAAUGGGCUCCCAGAUUCACAAGCCCCACCAAGAGGAUCACCCCAUGAACUCUUGGAGGCUGAGGAGUUCACUGAGGCUACUGCAUCUUGAGACUCAAGAUGAAGACCCAGCUUGGGGCUGUCAAAGGCACCUGGCAGAAGUGAUGCUCUGGAGCUGAGUGGAUGGGUGCAUAUCUUGGCCAUGCUGCUCCUCCCCGCCCAAGCCAUUUGGGUCUGGACCAGUUGCGUGCUGCUCCACGCCUCCACAUGCUCUCUUGUCAGGCAGAAACAGUACCGACGUCCCCCCAGGCCUGUUAUGAGAGUUAAAUGCAGAGUGUUCUCUUUAAAAGAUGCUUUUAAAGGGCAAUUACUUCAUGCAAAUGUGGGCAUCUCUGGAUGGCUGGCAAAGCUGGAGUCAGGCCAUGGAAGCCUGGAAAGUGGACUGCACGGGCUGGGCAGGGAACCAGGAGGGAGGCCCUGCUUGCUGGUAUCAGCAACUUUCUUCUGCUGACCCCUGGACCUCUGGGAGAAGACUCGGCAGCCACAGCCAGGGCUGGAUGAAGAGAACAACAAAGUUCCAGGUGACCCAGGGGCCCUGAAUCACCAUGUGGAGGAGACUGUCUGUAAAUCUGAGACUCUCACCUCGGACUCCCAUGCAUAUGAGAAAAUAAAAUCCUGUUGUAUUUUAACCAUUACGAAUUUGAGGAUUUCAGCUACGGCACUUUAGUCUACCCUGACUAUUGUUGUCCCCAAGUGUUCUCAACAGUUCUUCAACAAUAACAAUAGUUAACACUUACACUAUGAGCACACACCAUGAGCCAGACCUAGAACGUUUCAAAUGUGAGAUUUUAUUUUAUCUUCACACAAACUCUGUGGAAUAGGUACCAUUAUUACCCUUGUUUUACUGAUAAAGAAACAAAUGCUCAAGGAUGUUAAUAGGGCAAGUAAGUGCCAUAAGCCAGUUCUCUUCCAGGUUCUAGUCUCAACCACUGAAGCAGGUUCCCUUCUCCAGCCUUAAUAUCUUUUUAUCUGGGCAUUAGCAUCUUUCUUCAGGGUCACUGUAACUGUUCUCUCUUUGGUUCCUCUGCCACCACUGUGGAUACUCCAGAUUGAAUGACUUUUUGAAAACCAAAUCUGAACAUGCCUCUUUCCUGCCCAACUUCCUUCAGUGACUUUUCAUUGCUUCCAGGAUAAAGCACACACUUCUUACAGAGCAGAAUGGUCCUUCUGCAUCUACCCAGCCUACCGCCAGCUGCCUUCAUCCUUUGUUCCUUUUUCCUUUUGCCACACGUUCCAGUGGUGAGUGCAGGCUUCAGCAGCACAGCAAAAAAAAAAAAAAAAAAGACUAUUUUUUUCCCAAAAUUAUUCUUGCUCUGCAGAGGAAAUUACAGUUAAAGUAUCAGGCUUCCCAUGUGGAUUUCCAAGAGUUCAAGAAAGGAUUGUUUGACCAUCCCCGGGGAACACUGUUGAAAGGAUUCUUACAUUGGGUGGGUGGCUCUUUCCAACCAGAUAUUGCUACAGUUCUUCAAAACACAUAAUUGCAUAAUGUAAGGGGAACCUGGUUUUCCAGCUUUGUUCAGCUCUCAAAUUCUAUUUCUUCUAUUAAAGACUAUAUUGACUUUGGAAAGUAAUUUGGCAGUAUUACACUACAGCAACUUUACUCCUAAUUAUACUCCCUAGAGAAUGCUCAUGUGCAAAGCAGAAAUGUAGUAUUUGCAACACCAAAAAAAAAAAAAAAGUUAAAUUAAAUGUCCAUCCAACAGAGAAUGGACAAAUAAACUAAUACAAAGAGUAUCACAGAGAAGUGAAAAUCAGAGAACUAGAGCUACAUAUAGUAAAUAUAGGUGAAUCUCAAAAACAUGAUGUAAAGCAUAAAAAGCAGUCUGAAGAAUCGGUAUAUGGCCGGGCACGGUGUCUCAUGCCUGUAAUCCCAGCACUUUGAGAGGCUGAGGCGGGUGGAUCAUUUGAGGCCAGGAGUUUGAGACCAGCCUGGGCAACAUGGUGAAACCCUGUCUCCACUAAAAAUACAAAAAUUAGCCAGAGUGGGAGGGGGUUAGCACAUGCUUGUGGUCCCAGCUACUUGCGAGGCUGAGGCAAGAGAGUCGCUCGAACCUGGGAGAUGGAGGUUGCAGUGAGUUGAGAUCGUGCCACUGUACUCCAGCCUGGGCAAUGGAGUGAGACUCUAGGUGUAGUAUGAUAUCAUAAUAAUGUUAUAUACUGUGCCUGGUAGGGCCCCAGUAGGAAGCAGAAGGCAUGUCCAGAUGGAAUUGGAAUUCUAAAGAAAAGGAAAAGAAGGGACCGUUUAUAGAGGUUUCAGAAAGGGGAGAUGGUUUAAUAACCACAGAUUCCUCCCCUUCCAUUAUUUAUUCCCUAUUUGCUGCUCCUUAUACCCAGAGAAGGAAUCCAUUUUCCCAUCCCUUUUAAUCUGUGUUGGCUUUGUGACUGGUUUUAACAAAUAGGCUGUGGCAAAAGUGAUUUGGGGUGAGUUCCAGAGGUCUUGUGAUUUUUGCCCUGACCUUUUUGGAAUGCUUCUGACUUCACGAAAAGAAGCCUGCACUGGCCUACUGGAAGCCUUUUGGAGAGAAAGAUACAACCAACAGCCAUUACCAACCAGGAUGAGCUGACAUUGACAGACUACAAAUGUACAAUGAGCCCAAUCAGCACCACUUUGAGCAGAAGAACUGCCUAGGUGAGCCCAAAUCAAAUUACUAACCUACAGAAUAAUGAGCAAAGAACUGGUCAUUAUUUUAAGCCACUAGUUUUUGGGUGUUUUGUUAUGAAUAUAUAAUCAACAUAGUGGAUUCAAGGAACCAAGGAGGUUCUGAGGUUUCCAGGAACUAGCAAGUUGGGAGUUACCUGAAGGGGCAAGUAUAGGAGGCAGUGUUACAGGAACCCGGCGGGGGCCUGAGGGUCAGAGGAGAGGCUGUCAGGCAGGCCCCAGGAUCACAUAACCAUAGCAAGGAGGAAGUGCGGUGGGAAAUACCCCGAUCUCUCUCUUCUCCUGCCCCGGCUGCAAUCUCUUGCCAGGCUCUUUGGCUGAACCCAGUAAGAACCAGAAAACAAGGGCAUCUGGGAGAUGUCCUCUAGUGGGAGCAGUCUCUGGGGCACAGAGAUGGAUCUGGGUAGGACAGUGGCAAACAGAAUAACCAGGAUGUAUGUUGUUCACAAACAGCAGAGUAUACACACAUUUAAGGAAAUGAGAAACCUCAAAGUUACUUUUGGGAAGGAGGGAUUUUUACCUUAAAUAGAAGAGCAGGUACGUGAGUACUCAUUCUGUUCCCAUAUAUACUUUUUCUUUGGUAUGUCUGAAAUCAGUCACAUUUAAGGGGAAAUUAAGCCACCAUUGAGUCACAGCCUGGGUGACCUUGGAAACCUCACUUGACCUCUGCAAGCCUCAUUUUCUCUGUAAAAUGAGGGACAACUCUCCCCUCAUGGAAUCCGCAUGGAGUAAAGCUUGUGGAUGUAUGAUCGCAGUGUCUGCCAGCCAGGUAAUUUUUAAGCAGUUAGCUCUGUCACACAUAAGAAGAAAUCACAUACAAGGGUGUGUGUGUGUGUGUGUGUGAGAGAGAGAGAGAGAGAGUGAGAGAAAGAGAGAGAAAGGGAAAGAGAGAAAGAGAGAGAGAGAGAGAAAGGCAGACAAAUAGAAAAACAGAGAGAGAGAAUACUCCAUUUUGGUGAAAACCAUUAUCUUCAUGUAAAGUAAGGGAACUCUUAAUGCCUUUGCAGCUACCCUGUCAUGCGCAAUCUCCUCGCCACCAAGCACCAUACACCUACUAUACACACGCAGAGGCACACACAUACACACUUCUGCUCUCUCACACACACGCAUGCACACACACUCACACUUGCUCUCAUACACAUGCACAAACACACAUGCAGGUACACAGAGAGGCACAUAAACACACAUUCGUGCUCACACAUCUAUGCAUGUACACAUGCACACAUACACGCAUACACAUGCACAGACACACACGCAGGCACACAUGCACAGCGACCUCAUAAGGCCCACCAAGUGCCUGUUAAGACAACCUUAACAGGAGUCAACCUCCUUCCUUCAGCUUGUCAUUUUUCCUGCAGGCUGGGCUUCCUCCAACCCAGCGCUAUGGCAUUUGCUGACAUGGAAUUAGGACAUAUAAAUAGGAAAGCAGGCUCAUGCCUGUAAUCUCAGCACUUUGGGAGGCCGAGGGGGGUGGAUCACUUGAGGUCAGGAAUCUGAGACCAACCUGGCCAAUAUGGUGAAACCUUGUUUCUACUAAAAAUACAAAAAUUAGUCGGGCAUGGUGGCACACACUUGUAAUCCCAGCUACUUGGGAGGCUGAGGCAGGGGAAUUGUUUGAACUGGGGUGGCAGAGGUUGCAAUGAGCUGAGAUCAUGCCACUGCAGUCCAGCCUGAGUGACAGAGCGAGACUCUGUCUCCAGUGAAAAAGAGAAAGUGCUAUUUUAUGGGGGUUGAGAAUAAGCACCUUUUAUUUCAGUCUGUUGAAGUCCUGCCACCUGCCUCCUGCUAGUGCUGUGACUUGAACCACUUGUGUGACAUCUCUUGAAAACCAGCUUCUUCUUCAGAAAAAUGGGAGUAGUGACAAUACCUUUCCCGGGGCACGCUGUAGGCACUAAAUGGGAGAAUGUGGGUGACUCAGCACCAGUCCUGGCACACAGUAAGCGCUCAAUAAAUGGCACAGGGGUUGCUGAGUUUCAGACUCAAGUCUCUCCAUCUCCAGCACCUGUGUCUGGAUGAAAGAUCCUUCUUGGUGUGAUGGGCAGGUAAAUAAGUUUGUUGUCCCCUCCCUCCCUCUUUCCCUCCCUCCCUCUUUCCCUCUCUUGCUCUCUUUGCAGUUGAGGAUGGGGGAAGAGACGAAAUAAUUCCUGCAUAAUAUUUGUCUAAAAGGAAUGUGUAAGAUAAAACAGUGUGUGUGAGGCCUUUUUUUUUUUUAAUAGCCCGCAUAGCACCUGGCAUAGGUGGGCGCCACAGGAUCUAUGAUGAUUGAUAGGAGUGUUUUCAAAUUCAGCUGUCAAAGACAGGGCAAUCAUCCUGCCUCCUGCCUGGAAAGUGAUUUACAAUUUUCCUCCUUGGUGGCAUCCUAAGGCAAACAGGCACUUUUGUUUCCAUGGAGAACCCACUCUUCCCUCUAAGGUAGAUGGUCCUCCCCGCCUCACUGCUUCUCUCCCGCUCCCCUUUCCUUCCUCCUCCCUCUCUCCCUGCAUUCCUUACUUCCCCCCUCUUUCUUUCUCUCACCCUUCCUCUUCCCCUUUCCUUUCUUUCUCUCCCCCACUUUACUCCUCAGUCUCUCCAGACCUUUUCUCCUCCCACAGAGGCUUCUGCCCCAGAAGGGCCAAAUGCUACCCUUCAGCUUUGUCCCUAGGAAGGGCCAUGCCCAUCCCUCCUUCCUCCCCCUAUGGAGAGGUGAGACCCUCUGAGGGCUUAGAAGUUUUGCCCUAGCUCUUUGUUUUCUUCUUAAGAACCUGUUUACUCAAAGAGCUCAGAGCUCUUUGAGAAGCAUCUACCCAGGACCCAGGAACCAGCUACCUGGGUCCCCAGGCCAGGCCCCGGGAGGCUGCACGGUGGUCUCGGCUCCAGUCUGGGGGCAAGUGCAAGUGUAUGUGCCACCUCAUCUCUCAGUAUCUUCACCGGCAAAGUGAGAACAACUCUCCCAGGAGCUGCCAUGAGAAAGAGCUGAGGGCCAGGGGCUAGAGAGUUUCCAUUCUGUAGUCCUCUGGCUCACUCAGCUGAUACCUCUGCCUUUUGGCCUUGAAAUUAACUUAACAGCCCAAAAAGGAGAACCCAGGACACUCCUCAGCCCAAUGGCAAGGGAUCCUCCGGAGACCGAUUGUUGAGUAGGAUCCUAGGAGUGCCGUCUUUAUCCAGAGCUGAGGCCCUGCAGUGGGCAUGGGCAGGCGGAACAGUUGGGGACUCUGGGGCUAUCUUCACGCUUGGCAUCUGUGGACCUUCAGAAAUGCCAGUAACCACCAAGAGCAGUGUCUGGGUAUUUGGAACACAUAAGAAGAUAAAGCUAAUCUCAGAGUGUGUGUCUGUUGCCUGUGAGCAGCUCCAAAUGUGUGCCCCUUGGUGUAUAUGUGUGUGCGUGCCCUCCCCACCAGUGGGGGAGCGGGAAGUUCGAACAACAGCCAUUUACUUAUUUUGCAUCAGACAUAGGCUCCAGUGACAGAAUGUGAAUCUUGGACAUCUGGUCAGAACACUGGGAUGUUCAACUCCGAGUGGAUGAGCCUGGUCUGGGAAACCGGGAGCCCUAACCAGGAGCCCCACUGUCCCCACAGUGCCCACCUCAGGGCACCAUCUCUGUGUUAGAGAAGAUCCGUGUCCGUGUGGCCUCUCUCUGCUCGAGGUGGGGCUCAGUGUCAGGCACCCAAGCUCAGGUUUUCAUGCAUUUCCAGAAUAUAAGUAUCACUUCUGUCUGUGUUUUGUUAUGAAUAAUUAUGCAGAUUUUUAUGUGGCCCCUGCUAAACAUAUGGUGAUGUUUCUUUCCUUUUACCCUCCCCAUUCUCUCUAACUCCCACAUAUACUCAGCACCUUCUCUGGGCCAGGACGUCUUCCAUGUGUGCUCAGCACACACAGAUGAUUCAGAACUAGUCCCUGCCUGUGAGAAACUUCUAGUCUGUUUUGGGGGAAGAUAAACCAGGCUGUGGCAAUAGUGUACAGUCCUGAAGGGGACACAGAGUGGGCGUUCUGGGAGCACAGAGGAGAGCCCCUAACCUCCCAGGGAACCCGAGAAGGGCGUUAGGGAUGGGAGGAUGAUAGAAGAGGCUUUAUAAGAAUAGCUGCUGUGUUACAGAGGUGGGCUGUGGGGAGCAGGACAGAGUCAUAAUCUCUUUUCCGGAAGAUGUAAGAGACCCUGUAGUUUCUUGCAAAAAAUGACUGGGCUUGUGUGUUACUGUCACAGCUUUGUACUAGAAAGACAUAUUUAAACACAUUUAAUGGAAUGGCAAGCAAUACAGGGAAAACGAGGAGGGAGAGAUGAGCACCCUCCAGUCUCCAUGAAUUACCAACUUAGCUCCUCAAAGCGGAGAAGGAAUAUGAGAGGAGGAGAUGAACUUACUGCUCACCUAUUGUAUUUCAGUCUACUUUAAACAUGAUCUCAUUUAGUCCUCAUCAGCAGCUCUGUAGUAGAUUUAUUAACCCCAUUUUACAGUUGGAGACUGAGGCUCAGACUAAGUAACUGUCCAAGCAAAGAGUAGCAUUUUAAACUACGAUCUCUAUGGCUCAGUUCCUGAGUCUGUGCUCUCUUUCCAACAAACCCUAUUGCUCACAAGAAACUUCUAUAGAGAACACAGCAUUGUGGUCAAUGAACUUCUUGUCAAGGAUCAUAAACUCGGAAUUCAAUAUAAAGUCACUAUUAUUCCAGAAAAAAAAAAAGAAAACAAAAACGCUGAUGCCUGCCUCCUUUGAAAAAAUAGCAUGCCUUAGUGAGAUGGGCUAUUAAUAUACUUUGUCACUGACAUCAGUAUUGCAGGCUGGUUCUUUGGGAGAGCCAGGAUGAUGCUAAUUUGCAUGCUGCUUUGCAUUUAUUUGCAUUCUCUCUCCAUAUGCAAAAUCCAACACAGCUAAUUAGUGCAACCUUGUUACAAUGAGAAGCAGGCCCAGCGUUCAGUGCCAGGGCAGAUGGAGCCCAGAACAGGGACAGAACCAACCCAAAGCCAGGCACGUCCUGGGUUGGACACACCGGGAGACUUGAAGGGGAGGCACACGCCCUGAAUGAAAAGUAUCCCUUGGGUCAAUAUAUCCUGAUUUUCCAUCCCAGCACAGGCUGGAAUGAAGAAACGACUUUUUGAUAUUUCCAGUCAAGACAUUUUCUUUGUGGUGAGGACAUAAACACUGUCACAACCCUACAGAGGCCUCCAGGUGUCUGCCUUCUGAUCCUUGAAGAGUUCAUGGACCUAAGUUAAGAACCUCUCCUCAAGAGACUGAAGAUUAAAAAACCAAGUCACAUGGAAGAUAAAUAACACGCUCAACAUCACCCAGCCAGAAGUGGUGGAGACGUGACCAACCUCACAGGGGACAACUCCUGAGCUUGUGCUAGGAACAGCCAGUCUUCCUGUGAAGACCCUCACAGAAAGAGGAAGAAAUAGAUGAAUUCAUGAUAAAGUAAGAGGUAGAACCAUGGCCAAUUGUCUUUGGGAGAAAGUGGGAUCAAGGACAACUCCAGGAUUCUGCCUGAGAUGGGACACACUAGAGCAUUACUUGGGAAUGUAAAUAAUAAUAUCAAAUUAUUGAAUGAUUUCCAUGGGCUGCUCUCUUUAUACACCACUUCUAAUUCUGAUAAGCUUGUAUCAUUAUCUUCUUUUUAAAAAGCAUGAAAACAGAGGCUCACAGAGAUCAUAUUAUUUUCCCCAAGUUGCAAUGAUGGUAAACACAGAUGACAGCUGGACAUCAACUGGGUCUGGGUGGCUUCCAACUCCAGUGACUCAACCCUGCUCCACACGGCCUUCUUACAAGGCAAAAUGAGAACAGGCCGCGGGCCGGCUUCUGUAAAUCGCGUGUUGUUGGAAUUCCUGUCCUUCCUUGACCCAGAUUUGUAAACAGAGGCUGUGGAAGCCAAGGUACACAUGGGCAGAUGCAAACGAGCUGUCUGAUGAGGAGAAAGUCGAAUGUGCUCGGGAAACUGAAGUUCAAACUCACAGCGGAUCAGAACUAGAGAGCUCUGACUUCCAAACUCUCAAAGGGUCCUGGAAGGAGGAAGAAAGAAAAUCUCCAGGAAGUCUUCUGGGUGACUUCAGCAACAAUUGCAUUACCCUUUUCCAGCAACCAGGAGUAAAACCCAAAGAGUUGCUGGCCGUUGGCUGGAAAUCAAACAAAACAAAGAAUUAAUUGGAGCUAAGGCUGUGGAGAGUGCCAGUCUGUGACAUGCAUGGAAGAGAGCAAGGAAAGCCUGGAGUGACCUGGACUGCAUAGCAGAAAGAAAAAUCCCUGCAGGGACAGCGUGAAAAGACUAGGGAGAUGGAGUCUUGCUCUGUCAUCCAGGCUGCAGUGCAGUGGUGCAAUCUCGGCUCACCAUAACCUCCAUUUCAUGGAUUCAAGCAGUUCUCAUGCCUCAGCCUCCCAAGUAUGCUGAGAUUACAGACGCACACCACCACUCCUGGCUACUUUUUGUAUUUUUAGUAGAGACUGGGUUUCAUCAUGUUGGCUAGACUGUUUUCAAACUCCUGACCUCAGGUGAUCCACCCGCCUUGGCCUCCCAAAGUGCUGGAAUUACAGGCGUGAGCCACUGCACCUGGCUCCAAUUUGUGUUUAUUUUAAAGCAUCUGUGGUAAGAGACUAGAAUAGAACAAGGAGCCAAAGGAGCCAGAAGACUUGGGUUGCUGGAUUACAAUUUUGUAAAUUUUGGAGAGGAGCAUUCUUCACAGAGGAAGCUGAUUAAACAAAUCAAUGCAAAAUGAAAGUCAAUAAUUGGUCUCAGAAGUGGGGCAUCUUUGGCUGUGGUGGAAAAGAAAGAUAUACCAGCGGAGUUUGGAGAGAAUCCUAUUGAAUCCAUGAAUUCCUAUGAACUUCAGUUGGAGACUAGGUAACAUUUGCUUUGAUGCCUUACAAGGGUUCCCAUCUCUGGUUUGGAAGUUCUUCCAAGAUUCCAAAAUGAAAAGAGGCCAACAUUGCGUCGGCUCCAGGAGAGGCUGGAACAUGUCGAAAGAAUGCUGUGCUGCUAGAAAUUUUGUAAUUUGUCUACAUCAGUUCUGAUAAGCUCCUGGAUUCCCUUCCAAUCAUUUGUAACAUAGGAAGACUUUCCCAAUCUCUGAGGACUUUCUGUCUUCCCUCUUUCCAUCUGAGAUGCCUUUUCACCAGCCUCUGGAACUUCUGCAUUCAGGGUCGUGUCUGAAGCCAAAGUCAGGUAUUAAAAACAUUCAGAUGUAAAAGUAAAGAUCUCAUUGAGACUAAGAGGAAGAUCACCUUUUGAGAGUCCCCCAAAAGUUCACUUUAUGUCCUACGAUAUAAAUGCCAUUCUAAAACAUAGAAAAAUAUACUUGUUUACACUGUUAGUGGGAGUGUAAAUUAGUUCACCCUUGUGGAACACAGUAUGGCAAUUCCUCAAAGACCUACAGGCAGAAAUAUCAUUUGACCCAGAAAUCCCAUUACUGAGCAUAUACCCAAAGGACUAUAAAUUGUUCUGUUAUAAAGAUACAUGCAUGCAUAUGUUUAUUGCAGCACUAUUCACAAUAGCAAAGACAUGAAAUCAACCUAAAUGCCUAUCAAUGACAGACUGGAUAAAGAAAAUGUGGUACAUACACACCAUGGAAUACUAUGCAUCCGCAAAACGGAAUGAUAUGACGUCCUUUGCAGGGACAUGGAUGGAGCUGGAUGCCAUUAUUCUCAGCAACCUAAUGAAGGAACAGAAAAAGACCAAUUAUUGUGUGUUCUCACUUAUAAGUGGGAGCUGAAUGAUGAGAACACAUGGACACAUGGAGGGGACAUGGAGGGGACACACUGGCCCUCUCAGAGUGUGGGUGGGGAGGAGGGAGAGCAUCAGGAAGAAUAGCUAAUGGAUGCUAGUCUUAAUACCUAGGUGAUGGGAUGAUCUGUGCAGCAAACCACCAUGGCAAAUGUUUACCUAUGCAACAAACCUGCACAUCCUGCACACGUACCCCUGAACUUAAAAAAGAUAAAACAAAAUAAAAUAAAAUAAGAAAAAUGUGCUUGAUGAAAAAUGAAAGUUAGAACUUAUUUGUAAAGAGGGUUUUUUAAAGUUGACAUAAAAUAAACCAUUAUCCAUUUAUUGCAAAGGAACUGAGUUUACAGCAAAACCUAAGUCAAGCUCUAGAAUACUACAGGUUAUUUUUUCAAAAUGUGAUGACGCACUCUCCUCAUCGUUGGGUUUUGAUGUGGGAAAUUUAGUAUCUUCUGCUAUUGAAAUUAACAUUCACUUCUUUUUCGCUUAUCCACAGCCAUACCAACCCUCAUGCUCUGUGUUGCUCAGAAAUUCCAAGAAGUUUCCUGUUGCCACACUGACAGGAACAGGCUGGAAUGUACUGCAGCUGAUAACUGCCAUGAGGUGCAUAGGCCACCAAGGCAGGCAGGACCAGGAACAAGUCCUAGCUCCCUUCCUUUCUGCUCAAAGACUUUGUACAAGUUAUUUAGCCUUGGUCAUAGGUCAGGUUUCCUGGAGAAGAGGGCCCAAGACUCUGAAGUUUAUGUGGAGGACACUACUUGGGGAGUAGACUGAGGAACAACUGUUGAGGGAGGGAAGCAGGGAUUAGGCAGAGGGAGAAGUGGGACCAUGUUGCAAUUCAGUGGAGGCCUCCAGAAAUCCCCACAGGGAAUCCUGCCACUGGGUUGGCCCUUCAGAAUUGUCCCAGUUGAAGGCCGGGCACGGUGGCUCACACCUGUCAUCCCAGCACUUUGGGAGGCCGAGGCGGGAGGAUCACUUGAGGUCAGGUGUUCAAGACCAGCCUGGCCAACAUGGUGAAACCUGUCUCCACUCAAAACACAAAACUUAGCUGGGCGUGGUGGCGGGCACCUGUAAUCCCAGCUACUGGGGAGGCUGAGGUAGGAGAAUCACUUGAAUCCAGGAGGAGGAGGUUGCAGUGAGCCAAGAUCACACCACUGCACUCCAUCCUGGGUGACAGAGUGAGAUUUGUCUUAAAAAAAAAAAAAAAAAAGUAAAAAAAGAAUUUGUCCCAGUUGAGAAAUGGCAGGGCUUUUGUGUAUCCAUUUUGACCAGUCAUGAAUGAAGGCUGCCUUCUGAGGAGGAGUAAAAAUUGGAGUGAGGAAGUUCUACUUGGCUGAGUCUACAGGCAGCAGCCAGAGAUUUUGGUAGCAGGUGAAAUGAGUGCCUCCAUCUGGCAGCCCCCGGGGCAGCCUACUACACCUUCCCCUAAAUGAAGAGUGAGUCACAGCCUCAGGGAGCUUUCCUUAGUUAUUCUACCUAAAAUUUCAAUCCCUUAGUCUCAUACCUCUUCUACCCUGCCUUACUUUUAUCCAUGGUAUUUUCAGUAGUAAUUUAUUAUAGUAAUAUGGACUCACCUACUUUAUAGUAAUUUGUCUAUUAUGUUUCUGGAACUGCUCUAGAACCCUGUCCAAACUACUUGAAGACAGGGAUUUGUUUUGCUCGUAACUUUGCCUAGUUUCUAGAACAGGGCUUGGCAUGGACUAAACUCUUUAUAAAUGUAUUUUUAGUUAAGUGCAGUAAUUAAAUUAAGAAAUAUAAUACAGAUUGAGGGCUUACUCUGUGGGAAGCACUCAAGUUCCAAACACUUAUAGUAACUAAUAAAAUCUUCACAACUGUCAGGAGACCCUAGGAUUAAUUAUCUCCAUUUUACAGAUGGAGAAACUGAGGCACAGAAAGUUUAAUUAUCUGGUGAAGACCUUGCAGCUAAGAAGUACUGUAUUAAGGAUCAGAGCCAGGCAAUUGGAUUCCUACUCCAAACUGCUAAGUCCUACUCCCUUUCUUAGCAGGUGGUCACUAAAGGCCAGUCAUCCCUUCUCUACCUAAAUUCCUUUCUUCCUUGUCACCUGGAAUCUGUGCAUAGUCAUCACAUAGUUGGAUGCUCCAGAUAUCUUGGUUGAAUCUUUGCUGUUUUACAGAUUCAGUCCAAAGGUGAGAGCUUGGCUCAAACUCCUACUUCCUCUUGCCUUUUUCUCAAUACUAGCACCUCAGAAUUUGAUCGAUUCAUAUAACUUGUUUUUGUUUGUUUUCACAAAGCCAUUGACAAGUUAUGAUGCUAUUAGGUUUAUGGUGCUAUUUUUCAGGCAUCAUCUUAUUUAAUCAGCUCAUCUGCCCAGGCAUAUGUGCAGUGCAAGAAUGGCUACCUGCAUUUUAUAGAUGAGGAAACAGAGGUUCUAAGAAGCUAUUUGGAAGCAAAGUUACUAAUUCUAAGUCCCAUAUUUGCUCUAUUUUUCUCUUUACUUUUCCUUGUUGGGAGCUAGAUAAUAAGAAUUAAGCCUGGAACUUUUCUGCUUUCCAGAUUUAGUGAAAGUCACAUGGAAUAUCGGUGAGCAUUUCGCAUUUCGCAUUUGCUUUUCCCUGUUUGACAAAUGAGGAAUCUGAGGCACAAUGAGGUUACAUGAUUUCCCCAGAUCAUAGGGUGAUGCCGCUGCAGCUGGGAUAUUAGUUUCAAAGCUCAUGUGCUUUUCACCAACUCACCUGCUUCUUCUAAGUUAGCAGUUCUGAGGUCUGCUUGAAAGCCCCAUCCAUCUUUCCUUGAGCAAUGUAAUAGGGUUCAUGCUCAACAUUUUAGAAAUAAUGCUAAUUAAAAGUUUAAAAUCUCAGUUUACUUUAAAUGAACUCAAGAUGUUAUCACUCUGCUGGCCCCAGAAGAUAUUCAAAGAGAUAGUCUUGGCAGAAUUUACUUAUUAUAAAGAUUUCCUUUUCUUGAGUGUGAUCAGGAAAAUUUUAUGGUAUUUCCAGAAACCUAAGGGAUUGAAGGAAUAUUUCUUCUUCCCUUUGAAUUUAAUUUAAUCUUAAAGCAGCACACGCAAUCUUCCUGAGGCUGAGGUCCAGAACACAGCUUCCAAUGUCGAGAAAAGUAACCUGAAGGAGACUGCCUUACACGGGUCUGUGGAAAACCUGAUGUCCUUGCUAUGGGUCUACUGGAGUGAUGCUUCUCAGCUCAAGGGCAGGUGUGAGUGGACAGUGAAGGUGGCUGUCACCAGGCCAAAAUCAUAUUUACUUCUUGAGAGAAAUGACUAAGGGAAUGCAUGUUAAAGUUCUGUCCUUACGGUAGAAAAACUCAGUUCAGUCCAUGGACUAUCAGAGCUCUUUAUGACCACUGUUUGAGAACCAUCACUCCAAUAAAAGCAAUGGUAGCUGUGGAGAUUUUAAAGUCAUCAAGAGGUGGAGAGACUAGUUCCCUAAGCCCUUGAAAAAGGGGAGGAAUUUGAGACUUCUUCAACAAAUAAAAUGUGACAAAUAAAAAGUGACCUUAAGUAAUUUCUGAGGUUAGGUUAGAAAUGCUUCUGUAGCUCCUUUCUGGCUCUCUCUCUUGGAAAAUGCAUUUUUGGAUUGCUACCCUGAAGCUGCCAUGUUGGAGGGACCACACGAGGAGACCACAUAGAAAGAUGACAGGGCCUAAGGAUGCCAGUUGAUGCCUUAUAGAGCAAAGAUGAGUCUUCCCUCCUGAGUUUGGCCCAAAUGGCAUCACCAUUAACUAAGUAGAUGAUCAUUACUUAUUUAUGCAUCACGUUGGGGGUGAUUUGUCACACAGCAACAGAUAAUCUUAGUAAUAGCCAAUAUCAUACAUGGCAGAUUGGAAUGUCUUAGUCUCCAAUAAUUAACAGAGAUAAAUUCUGCAUAUGGAAUGUACAUUCAAAUAACCAUGUAUACAAUGCAUCAAAUACAGGAGUCACUUCAUAAAAUGUUAUUAAAUGAACUGAUGAAUGAAUGGGUAAAUAAUCUUAGGGAGAUCUCUUUCAGAAGAAAAACACUUGAGGUCUAUAAGUGACCACAUUCAUAAUUGAAGCCAACCAUGGGAUGAGGCUGUUAAAAAGUCAUAGAGCCCAAUUUAAAGGAGUAAAUGGUUUUCUCGUUACUUAUAAUGAUUUUAUCACAAAUAAGUCUUAUGAUAGUUUUGGACAUGGCAAUUUAAGAGGAUCUAACAAACUGAAGAGUGGCCAGGAUGGUGUGCAACCUUAAAAACCUGUUCCAUGACAAGUUGAGAGGUAUUUAAUUAGCCUGGAGAACAGAAAGGAAGACAAAGAAUUGUUUCAGAACGUUGGAGGAGAUGACAGGCUUCUUUUCUGUUACUCACAAGUUGGAGUAGAACAAACAGUCCAAUGCUAUAAAGUAGCAGUUGGUGAACUUUUCUAUAAAGGGGCAGACAGUAAAUAUUUGAGGCUUCAGAAGCCACAUGGCCUCUGUUAUGACUACUCACUCAACUCUGCCUUUGCAGCAGAAAAGAAACCAUGGCCAAUAAGUAGACAAAUGAGAUGGUCUUGUCCAAUAAAACUUUAUUUAUAAAAACAGGCAAUGGGUGACAUUUGGCCCCCUGAUAUAAAAAGAUUAAUUUUUUUGGAUAUAAGCUUGAGUUUCCUAUUAAAGCUAUUAAACUUCA